AUGGAUCUAGAAGAGAAAAAGAAUAAUCUGGGCGAGAUUGUCAAUCGCUACCGCCCAGACAUCAAACCAUUCGAAGAUGUCUAUCGACACCUCCACACCAAUCCAGAACUAUCAGGCCAAGAAGAAGAAACCGCCAAGAUAGCAUCCAAUCACCUGAAAAGCCUCGACUUUGAAGUCCACACCAAAAUCGGCGGCCACGGCGUAGCAGGCAUCCUCCGUAACGGCGAUGGCCCAACCAUCCUCCUGCGGGCGGACAUGGACGCCCUACCCGUAAAAGAACAAACAGGCCUCCCCUACGCAAGCACCAAGCACAUCAAAGACAAAGACGGCGUGAAGCCAGUCAUGCACGCCUGCGGACACGACUCGCACGUUGCAACCCUGAUGGCGGCCUCUACGCUCCUAAACAGCGCCCGCGAGCACUGGAGCGGCACGCUAAUCUGCAUCUUCCAGCCAGCGGAGGAACACCUCGACGGCGCGCAGGCCAUGCUUGACGACGGGCUCUACGACAAGAUCCCCAAGCCGGAUCUUGUGCUCGCGUCGCACGUCAUGCGCAUGCGCGCAGGCACGGUCAACCUGCACGCGGGGCCGCUACUCACAGCAGCAGACGCCUACGACGUCCGGGUCUUCGGUCGGGGCGGGCACGGCUCUGCGCCUCAGACGACGAUCGAUCCUAUCGUUAUUGGUGCCGCGAUCGUCACGAAGCUGCAGUCUAUUGUUUCGCGUGAAGUUACGCCCGGCAAAAUGGCGGUUGUGACCUGUGGUAGUAUCCAUGCUGGCAAUUCGCCAAAUAUUAUCCCCGCGCAUCUCGAUCUGCAGCUCAAUGUGCGCACGUUUGACGAUGAUGUGCGCAAGCGCGUGUGUGGUGCUAUCCAUCGCAUUAUUGAGGCGGAGUGCCAGGCUGCUGGGGCGGUUGAGAAGCCUAUGGUUAAGCUUACUUAUUCGACGCCAUCGACUAUCAAUGAUGGUAAGACUAUUGAUUCUCUUCGGGAGACGUUCCAGCCGUUCUUUGGGGAGAAUCUUGUUGAGAUGGAACCGCCGGCUGCUAGUGAGGAUUUCUCUUUGUUGGCGACUGCUGUUGGGGCACCGUAUGUUAUGUGGAUGUUUGGUGGGACGGAUCCUGAGACUUGGGAUGAUGCUGUUGCUAAGGGCACUGUUGAUCGGUUGCCUGGAAAUCACUCGCCUUUCUUCGCGCCGGUUAUCCAGCCCACUCUGCGGACGGGAAUUGAUGCGAUGGCGCUUGGAGCCUUGACCUUUUUGAAGAAGUGA